CGACGAGAAUAACGUUCCACUACAGGUUUAGCCGAGUGGGAACAAAUCUUUCUUAAGGGCAUUACCAACUAUUGGAAAUGUAGAAAGGAGAAGUAAAAAGUAGGAAAAAGAAGAUCGAUAGAAAGGCAAAAGAAACGACCAGAAAUCACAAGUACGACAAAGAUCCGGCCAAGCCGAUGCCAUUUGAGAAUUAACGUAGAAGUUGGUUAAAAAGUAAUUCGCAUACUGUAAAAUUUUUUAGCUAAUCACCAACUAAACACGGUUGCCCAGAUUUGCUCAAAGAAAUUCAGUGACGCUGACUCUACCUAAUCUCAACACUAAAAAAUUUUACAAACUCCUGCGGAAUUUGCAACUCAACGAUGGAGUUCAACUGCAAAAAGUGCAACGAACCGGUGCUGGCAAAUCGUGCAGAUUUUCUUACGUGUUUGCAGUGUGAUUCACGCUACCAUGCAGGCUGCUUGAGUAGGAACAAUUCCACACCUAACCCGGAAUGGUUCUGCGAGGAAUGUUCCGCCGUAAUGUGUCAAUAUGGACCGCUGAUGCUCACUGUUCUGGACCUACGGAAGCUGGAGGAAGAGAUUGUUGUGGAAAAGAGGAAUUUGCGGAAGAAGUUCGCUGUUCUACAAACUCAGUUGGACACGAUACAAGGGAAAACUAAAACUCUGGUGGACACUUUUUCUUCGACAUCAUCGGUCGGGGAAGCCCAGAUGUUAUGCGCAGCGCUGAGAGACGAGUUUACCAGGUUGUAUGCUGUUCAGCAAUCGCCAACAAAAGUACACACUGAGGAUCAUCUUCAACAGAUGUUUGCGCGUCAGGUCAUCCCAUCUGAUUUGCCCAAGUUUAGUGGUAGACCCGAAGACUGGCCGAUAUUUAUUAGCAGCUACAACAACUCCACGGAAGCCUGUGGUUUCAGCAACGUUGAAAAUUUGAUUCGGUUACAGCGUUGCCUCGAAGGUCCAGCUCUCCAGUCUGUGAGUAGUAAGCUUCUGCUGCCGAAGUGUGUUCCUCAAGUGAUCUCCACCUUGAAGUUACUGUUCGGUAGGCCAGAUUUGUUGAUAUCAACUUUACUAUCACAAAUUCGCCGCAUACAAGCCCCUGAAAGUGAGGACCUCAACUCACUAAUACAUUUUGGGCUAGCAGUGCAAAACUUGGCAGAUCAUAUUGUGGCUGCUGGACUUCACGACCAUCUAAACAACCCAUGUCUGCUGCAAGAGAUGGUUUCUAAAUUACCAACACAUAUGAAACUAAGAUGGGCCACUCACAAACAACUUCUUGGUGUGGUGAACAUUGCGAGCUUCAGUGCCUUCAUGUACGAGAUCGUCGUAGCAGCCAGCCAAGUUACCUCCACAAUGGUCACCACUGUAACUCGUGAGAUACCCCUAGAACGCGAGGAUGCUCAUUGUUGUGAAAGUGACGCAGCAAGAGAUCAAGUACCGGAGGUGGAUUCGCGAUUGAGCCGCCGAGAGAGGAAUAAUCGAUGUCUAAUCUGUGACGAAAACGGACAUCGGUCUCAGUACUGUGCAGUGUUCAAAACAAUGCCGGUCAGUGAACGCUGGGACAACGUAAACAGAGCGCAGCUGUGCCCUAGCUGCCUGAACAGACAUCUGCCGUGGCCCUGCAAGACCGCUACAGCUUGUGGAAUUGAGGGAUGCGGUCUGAAACAUCAUCGACUACUGCAUACAGCGCUGCAGAAUCCACCUUCGACAUCUGGAGCAUGUUUCACGUCGUCGAAAACGGAGAUUUCUGCUGGUCUGAAAUAUGUUCCGGUACGAUUGUACGGGAAAUCUAAGACAGUGGACACGUAUGCGUUUAUCGACGAGGAUCAACAGCGACGAUGGUGGAAAGCAGUCUAG